CUCAGAUAGAAGGUGUCCUCUUCUCUCUCCCUCUCUGGAUCUCCUUCCUCCCUCCUCCUUCUCGACCCCUCCUUGCUGGUCGUAGCAGCAAGGCUCGGUAAUGGCAUUCAACGACGAUGAGAAACCUUCUGCUUCCAAUACUGGGAGGACCAAGGGCCUGGUGACGAUCAAGCCAGCCAAGUACUUCAAGGACGAUGCGGCGCUGACGGCGGACACGGUGACGGCCGAGGUGGAGAUCAACGCGACAUCCUCCACCGCCGUGAGGGAGGGGCUGGACCUGGUGGCCGUGCUCGACGUGAGCGGCACCAUGGCCGAGGAGAAGCUCGAGAGCAUGAAGAGAGCCAUGGCGUUCGUGAUCAUGAAGCUCACCCCCGUUGACCGCCUCUCCAUCGUCACCUUCUCCGAAGGUGCCACCAGGCGCAACCCGCUGCGGUCCGUGACCGCCGCCGCCCAGGACGACCUCAAGGCUCUCGUCAACGGCCUGGAGGCCCGCGGCCCGACCAACAUCAGAGCCGGCCUCGAGACCGGGCUGGCCGUGCUCGCCGGCCGCGUCCACACCAAGGCCCGCACGGCCAACAUCUUCCUCAUGUCCGACGGGCACCAGAACGCUGGGGACAACGCCGGCGAUGUCGACCCAGGCCAGGUGACCGUCUACUCGUUCGGUUUCGGCCAGCACACCGACCACAAGCUGAUGAGCGACAUCGCCAGGAGAUCCCCCGGCGGGACGUUCAGCUCGGUGCCGGACGGGUCCCAGGCGAGCGUCCCCUUCUCGCAGCUGCUGGCCGGGCUCCUCACGGUGGUGGCGCAGGACGUGGAGCUCACCUUCACGCCCAACCCCAAGACGGACCCGAGCGAGGUGGGCGACACCGACACCAUCGAGGUGGCCCGCGGCACCGACUACACGACGAUCCCUGACGCCGCCACCUCCGGCAAGAUCACCAUCAAGUUCGGCACCCUCUUUGCCGGAGAAGGGCGGAGGGUCGUCAUCACCCUCAAGCUCAAGGACGUGAGCGACAAAUUCGAAGAAGAAGAGUACGACGCGACGCUAGCCGAGGCCCAGCACAGCUUCACGGCCCAGGGAAGGCCCAAGGAUCCCCAGGUCCCGCAGGACAUCCAGAUUCGGCGCACCCCGAGCCCAUCCCAGGCCCCUGGUGAGAGCAGCAAGGCGCGGGAGGUGCAGGCCGAGAUCGCCAGGCGGAACCACGCCGAGGCGAUCAGGCAGGCGAGAGAGCUGGCGGACGCCGGCGAGCUCGAGGAGGCGGGGUACAAGCUGGUGGAGGCGCAGAACGCGCUGGAGGACAUCGUGGUGGACCGCCUGGACGACGGCAAGAAGCUGGUGAGCUCGCUCCGGGCGGAGCUGGCGCAGCUGCUCAAGCUCAUGGAGACGAAGGAGCUCUACGAGGCGCAGGGCCGCGCCUACGCCCUUGCCUCGGAGACCUGCCACGGCCGCCAGCGCUACGCCGCCAGGGGCGGCGGCGGAGACGACGACGUCCGCCUCUACACCACGCCGCGCAUGGACACCUACCGCAAGCAGGCCAAGAAUUUCGAGGAGAACCCCACUGCGCCGGUGCCCACCGCCGACGAGGACCUCAAGCAGGAGAUCCUCGCCAACCCCAUCUCCGCCGUGUCCACCGAGCUCGCCUACCACCUCCGCAUGGCUAUCCAGUCGCUGCAGGCCAUCGAGAGGAUCGUCGCCCCAAGCAACUAGCUAGUAGCUACUAUUUAGCUAUAAAGCUCUCCGCUCUGUUUUCCUUGUGCUCGAUCGUUUCCUUUCUCCUAUUUGAGUUACUUUCGCUGUCCAAUAAACCGGCCACGGGAUGCAUAAGUGGUUUGUUCUUGCAAUUUGUAACAGAUUUGCGUAAAUUGAAUGGAAUAUACAGCAUCAUCCAUCUUGCUUAUUUAA